GCUAAACUCACACUCCUCUCUCAGCAUUUUCAAUCACCGGCAAAUCAUGCUAGGACGCGUGUCAAAGGCAGUUAUAACACUAGCAACAACAUUGGCACUGAUCUGUGCUCUGUUCCCUUCAUCAUCUCAAGCACUUUACUUCUACCUUGAAGGCAGUGAGCAAAAAUGCUUCAUUGAAGAGUUACCAAAGGACACCACCGUUUUAGGUGAAUAUAAAGCUGAGGAGUAUUCCGAUGUGCAAGGAAAGUGGAUUAUCAACCCAGAGACACAAAUUCAGAUUAUCGUUGAGGAAUUGCCCCAAAACGCUCUUCUUGUUCACCAAAAAGGUGCUGCUUCUGGCCGCUUCACCUUCAGUUCUUCUGACUCUGGCGACCAUUCGAUCUGUUUGAGUGCUGUCAGCAAUGCAUGGUUUUCGUCUGUUCGCACUAGACUUCAUCUCGACAUGGAUAUCGGCGAUCCUACUGACAAUGUCCAGGAUCACAAGGAGACUUUGAGUGACUUGGCUUUGAGAGUUCGUGAAUUGAACCAACGUGUUCAGGAUAUCCGUCGCGAACAAAGCUAUCAACGGGAACGGGAAGCUGAAUUCCGUGAUCAAUCUGAAUUGACCAACUCUCGCGUCGUCUGGUGGACCAUCCUCCAAAUUGUAAUUUUAGGAGCUGUUUGUGUUUGGCAGAUGCGCCACUACAAGGGUUUCUUCGUUGCCAAAAAACUUGUUUAACUUUUUCAUGUUUUCAAUAAAUACGUAGAUACUGAAAAUAAAUAGUUGCAUGGGAUGUGCUUAUAUGAG